GGAUGGAAAGCAAAGCAUCUGUGCUGUAAAAGAGCACCAUGGGAAACACUGAGAGUGUGGUGGUGCAGAAGCGGCUGGCCCGCUUCCGCCCUGAGGAACGGCCGGUAAUUGAGGGGGUCUUUGACAGGCUCCAGGGCGGCGUCGGGGCCCCUUCAGGAGCCCCAGGAAAAACGGCAGCAGGGAAAACUCUAACACUUGAGAUGCUGCAGUCCUCCAUGAGCAGCCUGGCUCCAGACUCCAUGGUAAGGAGGGUUUACCAGUGCAUGUGCAGUAUCGACUCUGGAGCAGCAUCAUCAGGUCCAGGGAAGACCAGCUUGUCCGCUGCUACUUCUGGAGUGGGUCGAGAGCAACUCGUCAUCUUCUUAGCAGACACUCUGCGAGGCACUGCAGAGGAGCGGGCUCCGCUCGUCAUGGCUAUGUCCCAGUGUGGAGCGGGGUCCACAGUUGUCACAUCUGAACAGGUAGCAGAGUUCCUACAGGACCUGAUCUCUGCUGUAGUUCAGAUUCUGGUCAACAGAGGGCGCCUGCAGGGCUGGAAGCCAGAGAGAAUGGGUGAUGACUCCCAGGGUGUCAAACUCCUGGCAGAGCACAUGUGUUCUGAGCUCAAACCCUCAGACCAGGGAGGCUGUGAUGUUUCCUGUCUGGAGGACUGGAUUUUUAGGGUGUCCCAGGUAUCAUUGUACCUGGAGAUGCUGGUGGCUGAAGGUUUAAAUGUUUCCCUGAGCGGGCGGCCGGCCCCCACCUUGCUGCCCCCUUGCAGGGAGACACCUUGGAAAGAACUUAAGUGUCUGCUGGACCUUCCCACCCUCAUAUUUAUGGCACCACAGCUGCCAGACAGUUACAGCGCCCCCUGGAGACUGGUGUUUUCCACACAGCUGCACGGGGAGAGUUUCACCAGGAUGGUGGCUGGCCUGACAAAGCGGGGGCCCACCUUGCUGCUUAUAAAAGACACAGAGGGACAUAUUUUUGGUGGCUUCGCCUCCCACGGCUGGGAUGUCAAACCUCAGUUCCAGGGUGACUCCAGAUGCUUCCUGUUCACUGUGCUCCCCAGACUGAGAGUUUAUACAGCUACAGGAUACAACCAACACUUCAUGUACCUCAACCAGAAUCAGCAGACCAUGCCCAACGGAUUGGGCAUGGGCGGUCAGCACGGGUACUUUGGCCUAUGGUUGGAUAGUGACUUUGGACACGGCCAUAGCCGUGCGCGGCCCAAAUGUACCACCUACGGCAGCCCUCAGCUCUCCGGAAAGGAGGACUUUACCUUGGACUCUAUGGAAGUGUGGGCGGUUGGAAAACCCCCACAACCAGAGGAGGGUGAGGAAGGCGAGGGCAAAAGGAGUAUCCUGGAUGUGGAUCCAGAGGUCCAAGCCAUCAUGGAGAUGACAGGGAAGACUCUGCAUAGUCAGGGCCUCAGGGAACCAGAGGAGGACCAGGAGUAGUGAAGGGCAACAGGGAAAUAGACCAAAGCCAUCACACCUAUUUGAGGUCCCCAGUCUAUCUGGUACUGAUGCACACUGUUUUUAAAAUCUAAUUUACAUCAAACCAUAAAUGUUUCCAAUAUAUGCAGUGACAUCAGAUUUAUCUUCCCCUGCCUUUCAUUCAGUUCGGACCCUUAUACACACAAACUGCUGCUUCGUUUAUAUGGUAAAUGACACAAAGGCCAUCCUCAGGUGUUUACACUGAUCAGCUGAUGGUUUUGGCUUUCAAAUAUGUCAUAAUUACAACAUAAAGAAGGCUAACCAAGCUUAACUACAGUAGGUCUAAAGGCAGCCUAUAAGUGAUCAGAAAUGUUUGAUCUGACACUCACACACACGACUGACAGCCACCUGUUAUCAUCUCUGUGAAAGGCGCCGAUGUGUGCACGGGUGUGUUCACACUUCUUUCCACCAUGCUACGCUUGGUAGUUGGACUGAAGAAGAAAACACAUCAGAGAAGAGGCAGGGGUACUCGUUUCUGCAAUGCAUCCAUGUAAUCUCUAUUGAAACCACUAACUGAAGUAAUAAGUUCAGGUGUGAUGAGCACAACAGUGUUUUUUAUCUUCAGUUUCUGGGUUUAACAUCUUAAACCAGUUUUAAGAAAAAAAGCCACUAUAUUUAUGUGUGAACGUGUGACUAUUUGUGUCAGUUAUUCAGGGACCAUUUUUCUUAAACACCAGGGAUGCUCAAUACCCCUCCUCAAACUCACAGGGUGGGUAAGCCUCAUGAUUACCAGACACAAAAAGAAGACUGGAUGUACCCCUGGAUUUAAUAUUUUUAUUUUAUUUAUUUUACUUUUCAAAGUUUGUGACGCGUCCAUAUCAUGACCUGACACUGGAUGAGAGGUUUGACUGACUGCAGUGAAGACCUCUGUAGUCACGUAGUCUGCCGUUGUUGUUGUUGUUGUUGUUGUUGCUUCCUCUUCUUCUUCUUUGUAUUGUUGUUGCUUCGAAGUUGAUGCGAGUCUUUAUGGGAAAGCAGCCAUGUAACUGACGUAUAUGGUGACGUCAUGACGUGGCCCCCUAACCACCUUGAGCCGUGGAAAAGUUAAUUGGUUCUCAGCUGGUUCGCUGUUGAACCGACUGUGAACCAGCACCAGGACCAGCCCAGCAUCAACACUAGAACUGCUUUGGUGUAAAAGGGGUAUCAGAGCAAAUCUUCACCGCAGAAUAAAGACAAAUAGAGGACUGCCUGUAAAAUGAAAUGUCAUUAUAAUACAUAGAUAUAUUGUUAAUGUGAUACUGUGUGCUUUAUUGUUGUCAGUAGUGCAAUACUUCUAAGAGGCAUGAAUCACCCAUUUCUUUAUCAAUAUGAACUACAUCACUAUUAACAGGCCUACGACUGAGUUUGUAAUGAACGAAUAAAGUCACCCAUAAUGUUAUAAUAUACUAAUGUACUAAUGUA